CCGAUUCAAUUGAACGGUCCGCAUAUCGUUUGCCCACCUGUAAUUGUGACACAUGUUGGAAUGCGCAUCGUCGGUUACAUUGUGAAAUAUGACAAAAUUUUCCAAGAUCACUUUGGAUUUAAGUGAAAUCCAUCUUCCUAGACAAUUGUUAAAGUGGCACGCACAAUAUUACACAUGUGUGUCAUUAUUAUUGCCCGAGAUAUUUUAAAUUAAAUUCCACGCAGCAAGUGAGUUAAAUGAACGGCGUAAUGUCCCUCUACAAGGCAUGAUUCCAAAGUAGAUUUGAUGGCCAUUGAUAUUGUAUGUUUUUGUCGGCAAGGAUAACCCUUUCUUUGUUCAGGGUGUCAAUUAAACAUGACUACACAAAACGACUUGAACAAGCUGACGAGGGAGGACUUUGAUGCCGGACCUUGCAGCUUUGAUGAGAUCGAACCUGGUCUCUUCCUGGGCAAUCUCACAGCUGCCACAGACAUUGAUUGGCUGAAGGAAGUUGAGAUAACUCAUAUACUGACGGUGGACUCGUGCCCAUUGCCGAGGAAGAUCCAGGAUCGCCUGCCUAACUUGAUCACCAAGUAUAUCCAAGUGACGGAUAUGCCACGCGAAGAUUUGCUCACAUACUUCGAGGACUCGUAUGAGUUCAUCGACCGUGCCAUAGAGUCCAACGGUCGGGUAUUGGUACACUGCUACUUCGGCAUGUCGAGGUCCGCCACUGUCGUGAUCGCUUACAUAAUGAAGAAGCAUGAGAGCAGCUUCACGGACGUGUUUCACGCGGUGAAGGCGAAGCGACGCUUCGUCGCGCCGAACCCCGGCUUCGUGGCACAGCUACGCCUCUACGAGGACAUGGGUUUCGGCGUUGACAGUAGCAACGUGCAGUUCAAGAUGUAUCGGCUGCAGAUCGCAGCCGAUAAGGUUCGCAAGGCGCGUAUCUUGCCGCAGAGCUGCAUCGACCUGGUGAAGCCUGAUCCGGCGCUGACGACGGUGCGUCCCGAACCGACGGUCUACCGUUGCAAGAAAUGCCGUCGCAUCGUCGCCAGCGCCAGUAACAUUUUGCCACAUGCGCCACGCGAGAAACAAAUCUGGCGUCAUAUCAGUAGUAGCGGCGCGAAGGACGCCGCUGUCGCUGAGAACUGCGACAAACCGCUUCAGAAGAGGGACGAGUCGGCAGCGGCGCGUGUCGAGCUCUGCAACAAGAUCUACUUCGUUGAGCCGCUUGCUUGGAUGCCCGACAUCACGCACGCGGUGGAGGGCAAGCUGAAUUGUCCUAAAUGCAACACGAAGCUCGGCUCGUACAGCUGGAUCGCCGGCAGUCAAUGCCCCUGCGGCAGUAAAAUCGCGCCUGCUUUCUACUUGGUGCCCUCCAAGCUCGAUUGGAGCAACGUUGUGCAGAACGUGCAAGUAACAGUAUAGUGACGGGGAGCGCAAUGUGAUUAUAAGUGUACGUUGAAGUGAUGGAGCGACUAGUCGAGAAGAUAGAAACGUUGACUUUUGUAUACACGAUAUUGAAGUUGUGCCAUAAUUUCAGGGUCCUCAAUUUCCAAGACCAAAACGACAUGAACCGUCGAGACAUUGUGAAAAUGUUCUUUAAGAGGCGCCUGGCAGACGUCUAAUGAAGUUUCACACAUCUCAUGUACGUCUUUCAGCCGCCUUCUGAACGGUUGUGUCGCUUUGGCACGUCCACCGUAUUGAAUUUAACGAUCUAACAUCAUAUAUGCUCAAACCUCAACGGAUAUCAUAAACGUUAAGCUUUUACCGUAACUCGAACCAAAAUCUAUACGAUCCUUAAAAAAAGAAAAACAGAGAUGAUUAAACUCGAAGUAUCUUUAAGGGAGCAUUUUAAUCAUAUCACUUCGUGUGUAAGAUUUUUUAAAAUUUUAACAAUAAUUUAAAUAACGUGUAUACGUCAUGGUGUCCAAGAUGUCUUGUGGUACCUGCUGAGGAUUGAGAGUAACGCGUCUCGGGCCUGUAUUAACAAUUAUCGCCUAAAACUUGUUUCAUGUGAGAUACUCAGAUUUUUACUCAGAGUUGGGUCCAAGUUUUUCAGUCGAAUCAUGAUAUAUAUAUGUGUGACAUUUAUAUAAUUGUAAUCGCGAUUCAACAGCGAAACUGUUUCUCUGAAUUCAAAUCUAAAUAUCUCAUUUGAGAGACGUUUCAAGUAAUUACUACGGGCCUCAGAAUUUACGAAAGAGACGAGAUGCGAUUGCAACCAAUGUGUACGCAAACUGACUAUAUUCUAAUCCUGUGCCAAUAUUUCGAUAUGUGUACAUAUAUCUAUAUACAAGUAUUUGUUACGUAUAUCUGUACGUUGUACUUUUCCUAUUACAUGUAUCAAGAGACAAAACGUCCUCGUGAACGUUCUCUGACUUCGAUGUUUUUUUAUAAUAUAUUGCACUAUCAUUAUC